AUGACAACGGAGUUCCGACACAUGCUGGAUCGAUACGUACUUAUCUAUCUCGACGACAUCUUGAUAUACAGCCGAAGUUUGGAGGAGCAUGUGGAACACCUGCACACCGUUUUGGAGCGACUACGACAGGCCAAGUACAAAGCCAACCGCGACAAGUGUGAAUUAGUGCGGCAGGAGCUGGAGUACUUGGGCCAUUAUGUGACGCCGGAAGGCAUUUGUCCGCUCGCGGACAAGAUCGAGGCCCUACGAGUAUGGCCCGAGCCCACCAACACCACAGACGUUCGUUCAUUCAUGGGAUUGGCGGGCUACUAUCAGCGAUUCAUCACCGGAUACUCCAGGAUUGCUGCACCUAUGGCAAGGUUACAGUCGCCAAAGGUGCCAUUCGUAUUCGAUGACGACGCACGCCGGUCAUUCCAAGCACUUAAGACGGCCAUGCUCAUGGCACCCGUCCUCAGCAUCUAUGACCCCACCUUGCCGACGAGAGUGACUACGGACGCUUCCGGCUAUGGCAUUGGGGCUAUCUUGGAACAGCACGACGACGACGACUGGCACCCUGUGGAGUAUUUCAGCCACAGAGUGCCUCCCAUCAACUCGCUGGAUGAUGCAAGAAAGAAGGAGCUACUCGCGUUCGUCAUGGCUCUCAAGCAAUGGUGGCCCUUCCUCCUUGGGCAUCGUAGGUUCACAUGGGUUACGGACAACAAUCCAGUGACCUACUACAAGACGUAGGAUACGGUGAGCAGCACGAUC